CAUACAGGAUUUCCUUGAGAAGCGCAGUUGUUUGCGAUCCCGCGACCGUCAAAAUUCUAUUCCUGCUGUUAGCAUUAUAUUUAUCAACUUACAGGUGCUGAUGCAAUACAAGAAGUGAGAAAUCCACGCGAUCAGCGGUUGAGUUGUUCAUUAUUCUUUGAUCUUCUUCUUUCUUCGCAUUUUCAAAGUAUCACAAGCAUAUCUUUCAACAUGCCGGUACGUCCAUUCUUGCUCAUUUUCUACACUCUAGAUUAUCUCUAUACUGACUUGAUCAAGAUCGGUGAUCUUCUUGCCCAGAUUUCCGGGGGGCCAAACCCAACGAUGACGAUGCCGACCGCCACUCUCCCGCCAAAGCGAAAAGCAAACGAUGAUUUGAGGAAGCCGGUUGAUAAACUGCAAAAGCCAAAUACUGUGCCUACAUCGAGACCAAUCACCCAAACGCAGCGUCCUACAGCUGUUGAUACAAGUAUGGGCAGGAUGAGGAUUGACACAAACACACGAAAACCGGCUCCGCGCUCGGCUAACACCGCCAACACUACAUUCAAGAACGGACAACCAACUCCUCCACCUUCUUCCACCGAAUCUUCAAAACCUCCUAAGAAAGGGUCAUUUCAGGAGAUUCUGGCACGAGGGAAAGCCGCUCAGGCUUCUAUGGGACAGGUUGGAGUAAUUAGACACAAAUCAAUCGAGAAAGCACCGCCCAAACGAGAGAUGGAUAAAGCAAGGACGCAAAAAGGGAAGACAAUUCAAAAGGGACUGGAACCGGAUUCUAAAUUUCAGAAGUCUAGCCAGGUUUCAGGUCGGAAUGUUCAAAGUGGUUUAAAUGGCAUGAAGUCCGCCAAGGCUCCACCUCCAGCUGUUGAGAAGAAGGUUAAAAAGGCUGCAACAGCGACAACUGGAUACACUGGAACUGCUCGCCCAAGACCAGGCGGUGGUGUAACUACUUCCAAACCUGCUGCAUCUUCAUAUUCCUCUCGUAGUGGAGGUAACGACAGAUAUAAAAAUGGUAGAAAGAAUCUUGAUCGCUACUACGCCACUGAUGAGGACGAGGACGAUAUGGAGGAGGAUAUUGAGGAGGAUGACUAUGCAUCUGAUGUAUCCUCUGAUAUGGAAGCGGCAACAUUUGAAGUUGAUGAAGAAGAAGAAAUGGCAGCUGCUAUUGCAAGGAAGGAAGAUGCUGAGGCACUUGCCGAGGAGAACAGACUCAAGAAGGAGAAAGCUGAAAAGCGAGCAAGGCUUGCAGCUAUGGCCAAGUCCAGAAGAUGAUAAAUCCUUCAGGGAUAUUAGCUGUGUUUUUCAGGGAUUGAUACGGAUGGGUACUUGCUUCAGGAAUGCUAUGGAUUGAUUUUAGCGAUUUGGAGUUUGGGGGGUGAAGAUGAGAUACACAGGCAUUGCAGGCGUAACAUACCUUAAGGCUGCUUUGCUCCUUUACCACGCUGGUUGUCUUUUGCUUUUCAUACGUUCAUAGCCUUUAUGGAUAUUAGAAGGUCAUAUUGUAAUGAGGGAUGCCGGAAGCGUGUAUAUGAACUCUUUACCUAAUACUUUUAAUUUUAUGAAUCUCCUCCAUUGAAUUUGAGGGCU